AUGGUUGAAAGGCUGAUGCCCAUGUUGAAGAAGAAGGACACGAAAAUGCGGUUCACACAAGAGGUGGGACUUAAGUUGGCGGUCACUCUCCGCCACCUGGCAAGUGGGAACGACUAUACAAGCCUGCAAUACAGCUUCAGAAUCUCCAAGAGUUCCAUAUGCCGAUUUAUCCCAUUAGUCUGCCAAGCCAUUAUCGACACAUACAAACCAGAAGUGAUGAAGUGCCCCAAGGCACCAGAAGAAUGGAAUAACGUAGCAAAACGAUUCGCCUCAAAGUGGAACUACUUCAAUUGUGUGGGAGCCCUGGAUGGGAAGCACAUCACGAUCAAGAAACCCAAAGGUGGAGGAUCACUGUAUAUCAAUUACAAGAAGUUCCACAGCAUCGUACUCAUGGCCCUCUCCAAUGCAAAGUACAGGUUCCUGUUCGUCGACGUCGGUGCAGGAGGUGCUGGGGAUGGAAGAACCUGGCAGAAGUGCAACAACCGAGCAGGACUCCCACAAGACAGAAAUCACAGAUCUAGCGCUUGUCGUGUGGUGGAAAACGCAGUCGGCCUGCUGCAGAUGAGAUGGCGAGUCUUCGGGACGAUGAUGCAACAGGAUGUACAGGCACAGUGGAAUGGCAAGAGCGAAUGGUGUUUCCUCGAGGACGACCAGCUACUGACGAGUAUAGAGGAAACCAAAGAACUCUGUAAUAAAACAUAA